AUAGAAAAACAAAGUUCAGUAAAGGCCUCUAAUAGAAAAGCAUAUUUGUUUAGCAGACUAUGCUGAUAAUGUAAUAAUAUGAUAAGAGAAACAUUCUGAAGAUAAAAUCAAAUGGCAUAAAAAGGUGAUAUAAACCUUACGUUAAUGGAAUUUACAUUACAACGGAAUAUGAUGACGUCAGAAUACAAGCUGGUUGCACUGGUUUUCAUUACAAUGACGCAAGUUAUAGCAGGAGUGUCAGACCAGUCGAAUUCAACAAUGUACAAGAUAUUGCGCCGAUUAACUACUGAUUACCACAAAGAACUGCCUCCAGCAUAUGAGCGUUCUGACAGUCAGGUGAUGGUAAAUAUAAACUUGUACAUACAAUCCAUGUAUGCCUUUAACGAUGUUAAUAUGGACUAUUCUUUGACCAUGUUUCUACGGGAACGCUGGGUUGACGAACGAUUAAGCUUCAUUGAAACACAAUCAAAUCAUAGACUAGAGUUGGAAGGCUCAAUGGUCGAUAAACUAUGGGUACCUGAUGUUUAUAUCCUGAACGAAAAAAAGUCAAACUAUCAUGAUGUUACAGUUCCAAAUAAGAUGGUGCAUCUUUAUCCAAACGGCACAAUCCAAUUUAGUGCAAAAGUUACUGGAACUUUUUCAUGUAUAAUGUUUCUGAAAAAAUACCCGUUCGAUACACAAAUAUGCCACUUAGAGAUGGAAAGUUAUGGACACAGUAUAGAAACAUUGAAGUUUCGUUGGAGCGAUGAAGCCGUAUCAAUGGCAACAGGCAUAGAAUUUCCUCAUUUUUGGCUUGUCAAUUUUACUACAUAUGAAUGCGAAAAGAUGUAUUACAGUGGUACAUAUUUGAUGUACCCAUGUAUUGGAGUGAUGUUUACAAUGCAAAGAAAUUACGAGUUUCACAUUUUGCAUGUUUAUUUACCAAGUAUUUUGAUUGUACUUUUGUCUUGGUUGAACUUCUGGUUGGACUGUACGGCGGUUCCUGCAAGAAUCACACUUGGUCUUCUCACAGUGCUAACCAUGACAACACAAAGUUCUAACUCCAUGUACAAUCUGUCGCAUGUGUCAUAUCUCAAGGCUAUUGACGUUUAUAUGGCUGUGUGUCUGACAUUUGUUUUUCUUGGCCUUGUGGAGUUUGCCUACGUAAAUGUUCUCACACGUGCCGAGAGGAAAGACCCAGCAGAAAAACGAGUUGGACUGAAAGUUGCUGACGUUGCUUUGAAAACACAAAUAGAUAAAACCAAACCUAUCUUCAACAAUAUGACGACAUGGAAUACACUCUUGUGCUUCAAAAGUCUCUCAAAUUUAGGUCGUGCCCACCUUGUUGACAAGAUUUCCAGGAUUUUGUUUCCUUUUGUGUUUGGGUUAUUCAACCUGUUUUAUUGGUGUUUUUAUGUUAUUUUUUAAAAGAUCCUAUUAAAAAUUGAUGUGUAGAUAAAACAACUAAUGAAAUUCACAUGGUGUUGAUUCUAUAUUUCCUAUUUUCCAUAUUGUGUCAAUGACAAGAUGAUUAUUAAUGACGCUUUCAACAUCAAUAACAACUCGUAACUCUUUAAAUAACUAAUGUCACUAGUUGACAACGUAUUGUAUGGACAAUUAAACAAAAGUUGUUGUGUAAAUUAUAACGGUAUAAUGUACAUUUUGUUGAUAAUAUUCACGUAAGGCAAUUUAACCAAGUCGUCACUUAAAAUAUAUCAAUAUAUCUGAUUUGAAGUAAGUUCUAUCAAUCAAUGGUAGUGACUUCCACAUCGAUUAAACAAAGCCUUAUAUUCAACAGGACAGGCUUUUAUGCAUUCGUCUAUGGAUUCAGGUAAAAAAACAUUUACAGUUCCUAUUAAAAUAAAUGAUACAACAAUUUUUCAAGAGAACUACUAAUUAAUUUUGUCACAAAACUAUUCAUAUGACAAAAAAAACUGGCUCAGUGGGUAAGUUCUGCUGUGUUUUUUCUAAGUGAAAGGCAUAGAGAGUUACCAAUAUUUUAACAUGCAGCAAUAGAUAAAAGAUUGCACUUUUAAAUGGUGUACAAUAUAAAGGAUCAAAUGUACAGCCAUUAAGUUUUAAUUGCUAAAAAAUGCCAAAAUUUUCACUUUUUGAAAGGCAUGAGUGAUAUUUCAAUGGAAUAUAAAGGAGAUGCUUUUCUCUGUUAUCUAAUUAACUGAAUAAUGUCAUAUAAAAAUCAGAAACUAAGUAAUGAAAUUUUAGAAUAACAAUGAAGAAGACAUAAUACAGCGAGAUUUUAUUUAAGAAGUAGAAAACGCAGUGAGAGAAGCGACUUGUUAUCUUAUGGUACUGGAGAAUUAACUAACAAAUAUGCUAAGUCAUUGUGUUUGUUCCGCAAAUAGCUUCAUAUAACAGACGGCCAUCUUUUUGGUAUAUAUAAUUGACAAGAAAUGACAUAUAGAUGUCUUAUUAUGUGUCAAUUUGUGACUUUAAUCCAAAAUAUGUCAUUUAACACUGUUGAAGGGCAACAAGUGCAGAGACAUUUUUUAACUUAUAAAAAUAUUUAUGUUUUAUGUUAAUUUAAUAAUUAAUCUUGCCAUUUGUUUUUAUUUACUCUGAAUUUGUUUUCUUAGAAAUGAUAUCGUCACUCCUCGAAACUCUGUAUAAACUGAUGU